AUGACAGCGGGCAUAUAUGCAAAGGGAAAUACUAUUGCCGAAAAGCGAUCCCCAUCUCCAUCAUCCCUCUCGAGGAGGGGGUAUAUGCCUGCCCCCUCAUCCCCAUGGCGAACUAAAGACUCGAAGAGGGGGGAAUGGAAUGUCCGGGUAUUGCCUCAGGGUUCGGCACGGUUCCAUGGGUCUGUUCAAGAUGACAGCCGUAUCCCCAGGUUACCCCAGACUUGCCUGGACCCGGAUAUCUGCGUCUCUUCAUUGGCUGAUCUGCACAUCUCGGGGGAUGUCCUCAAAUACCGUCAACUCCGCUAUUAUGACGAUAAGUACCGGGGAGCUAUUUGCACAAUAGCCGGGGCAUGGAGCUCCUGUCAAAGCCUGGUGGGUCCAGCUGAUCCUCGCGAAUUGAUUCCAUCGCAUUUCGACCGGCAAACGCGCGAGGAUUAUUACUCUGUCGGUGGUGGCGGGGCACAAAAGGGAAAUUCUCUCCGCCCUGGCUGGAUGACCCUGAAUGGCAGUUUUAUCCGGCAUCAUGCUGGAAUGACAUGGCAGCUGUUACACCAGCCAGGGACUCACGAUGUCGUGGGCAUGGUGGAAUGCUGGGGGAGUCGGUUUCUGCGGUUCACGAGGAUGGGUUAG